AUGGCCGAACAUAUACUGAUUACUGGCGCCGGCGGGUUCAUCGGACAAGCUCUUGCCACUUCGCUCCUCGAAGAUAAAAACGUUCGAAGGCUCAUUCUGACAGACGUGCUUCCGCCAAAGGUUCCGACCAAAAGCGCGCCCGUUGAUAUUUCAACCUUUGCGGCCGACCUGACUGACCCGGAAACCUGCUCGCGACUGAUCACGCCCGAGGUCACCACGAUUUAUUUGCUACACGGGAUUAUGUCAGGCCAAGCCGAAGCAGAUCUAGAACUUGGACUACGUGUCAAUAUAGAUUCUAUGCGAUUCAUCACAGAUGCGAUCCGCAAGCAACAAGAUCAACGCUCUAAGCCGAUUCGAGUGGUCUUUCCUUCCAGUCUUGCUGUUUUUGGGCCCGCCAAGGAGAACGAAGUCGUGACUGAGAAUACUAUGCCUCUGCCACAAUCUUCAUACGGAGCAGAAAAGUCCAUCACAGAAAUUCUUCUAAAUGAUUUCUCUCGACGCGGACUGCUCGACGCACGGAUUGUGCGGUUGCCGACCAUUAUCGUGCGGCCUGGAAAGCCUACAGGUGCUGCCUCUUCUUUCUUCUCCGGCAUCAUUCGCGAGCCGCUAAAUGGAGAGAGGAGCACACUUCCUGUAAGCAGAGAUCUGAAAGCUUGGGUCUGUUCGUCUCGGACUGUGAUACGGAACCUGGUAAAAGCGAAAGACAUUCCGGAAGCCAAGUUCCAAGGAGCAAGUCGAAUUGUCAACUUGCCCGGGAAGACGGUCUCGAUAGAGGAGAUGCUGGAUAGUCUUCGCGUUGUGGGUGGCGAGAAGGCUGUGGAAUUGGUGCAAGAAAGACACGACGAGAAGGUUUCUAGUAUUGUAGGAUCAUGGCCGGCCAACUUCAACACCACGAGAGCGAGAGAGCUGGGUUUUGAUGAGGAUGUGGAGCUGGAACAGGCUUUCAGGGAUUAUAUUGAAGACUACAUGCCUAAAGCCAAUGGCGGAAGAUAAUGGUGUUUCCAAUAGUGCUCUGCGGCGCAGUCUUGCCCAAGGCCAAACCGGACAGCUGAGAGCCUUCAAUGAUUCGGAGAUAUAGGAUCCGCUUUUGCGAAUCGAAGGCAGAGGAUGGAAGAAUUGGCAGAGCCUCAAAUUGUCGCAACAGAAUCUCAAAUUCUCAAGAACAAGCAACAAAGUGGCCUAAUGCCACUCACUAGCACCGAAAGUCACUUGGCAACGAAAUGCGAUGCGAAGAAUAGCGAGCAGCCCUGAUCGGAAGCAUUGAGUUCCUUGUGACGGCGCCUUGUGGUUGCCGUUCGGGACAGUGAGUACAUAGUCGCCGCUCUGUUCAACG